UCGCGUGGUCGGCUCAAAGAGCGUAAUGAUAACUUUGAACGAAGUUUCGCGCCUUUUCGAAUGAAACAUUCCGUACGUAUAUUCCAUUUGUGAACUCCUUGGUGAGAAAAUGAGCACAGAUUAUAAAUAUUUUUAAAUUUCGAAAAAGUACUUUAAUAAAACAUAUAUUGUAAAAUGUGAUUUUUCGUGUCCAAAAGUGUCCAUCAUCAUUAAUAUAACAAUGUACACACCUACGAGCACGAACAUCUCAUACUUCGACGACAACUCGACAUUGUUUGACAGCGAAUAUACGCCUUAUAAAGAUCGGGUGGAGACGUAUCUUGUUCCUGUUAUAUUCGCGAUCAUAUUCAUUGUGGGCGUUCUGGGAAAUGGAACUCUUGUGAUAGUGUACGUGAGGCAUAGAGGCAUGAGGAAUGCACCAAACACGUACAUAUUCUCUCUAGCACUUGCAGAUCUCCUAGUCAUAUUGAUCUGUGUUCCAUUCGUAUCCACAAUCUACACUUUGGAGUCAUGGCCAUGGGGUGAAGUCAUCUGCAGGCUCUCUGAAACGGGCAAAGACAUCAGCAUCGGAGUAUCUGUCUUCACGUUAACGGCAUUGUCAGCUGAGCGGUACUGCGCAAUCGUAAAUCCAUUUAGAAAAUUACAAUUACGAAAAUUGCCAUUAGUUUGCGCCACAUUCAUCUGGGCGGCCGCUUUGCUGUUUGCAGCUCCGGCAGCGAUAUUUUCCAACACCUCGACGGCUCAUAUACAUAACAAUGUUACUAUUCUCUAUUGCUCGCCGUAUCCACCUGGAUGGACGAAUUAUCCUAAAUGGAUGACCUUAGCUAAGGCCCUUAUAUACUACGCAUUGCCACUACUGGUGAUCGCGUUCUUUUAUAUUCUAAUGGCUCAAAGGCUGUUGGCCAGUACGAAAGAAAUGCCAGGCGCAUUACACGCAGGGCAAGGAGAAGCUCAGGCAAAAGCUAGGAAAUCUGUCGCAUGUAUGGUCUUGAUAUUUGUUAUAGUAUUUUUCAUAUGCUUCCUACCAUACCACGCAUUGGAAAUGUGGUUUUACUUAUCUCCAACUGCACAAACUGAUUACAACGACUGGAUCCACGCUAUGAGAAUAAUGGGUUUCUGUCUAAGCUUCCUGAACUCAUGCGUCAACCCUGUGGCAUUAUACUGCGUGAGUGGUGUCUUCAGACAGCACUUCAAUAGGUACCUGUGCUGUCGCCGUGGUGCCCUACAUCCAACUUGCAGCUCCAGAUUGUCUCGGACAGCCAUUUGUGAAACGUCAUUUAGGAGCACGCAGCGCCUUCGAUGUAAUAGGAACCCUACAGAGAGCGUCGUAAUAUCCAACUAUGACUACGGAAGUAAAAAGAAAAAUAAUUUAAUAUCCAGAAACAGCGAUGGUGUCACAAUCAUGACCAUCAGAGACUCCAAUGAUUUCCUUACAGAUGUCAAUGAAAAAUGUAUUAACAGAUAAAUCAGUUUGUAUUUAUUUUCCUUAUUAAAUAUUUUACAAUUUUAUUAUAGUUUAGGGCCUUGCAUAAGAAGGAAAUUGGAUCAAGGAAUUGUUCGACGUUAAACUAUGUACUAGUAGAGGUUGAUAUAAAAUGUCUUAUCGGAUGUCUAUCUACUACAUCUGUUUUUUUUAAUUUAAUUUUCUUGAAGAGUUAAACUCGAAUCAAUGGCUUUCAUUUCAUCCAAGUUUGACUUGAAACAAAAUUUUGCUUUCAUUUGAUGUAUAAAAUCAAACGAAGAAUGAAUACAGUAUUGUCUUAAUGUAUACAUUGUAAGCGUUAAUUUUAAGUCAUAGAAGCUAAGCUAAGUCUAAUCAUUCGUUUCUUUUUAUCACAGCGCAAAGCUUAUUUGACAGAAAGAGACAAAUAGUAAUAAGGACAGAUUUAGUUUCUACACAGUAAACUGUUAAAUAUACUAGUCAAACUGUAUAUAAUUUAGAGUUAUUACUUUAUUUAUUGUCACUAGUAAAUAUUUCUAAUUAAAAUAAUAAAUAUCAUAGUAGGUAAGUCUUAAAUAAAUAGUUUCUCCAUUCCAUAUAUCAAUGUGUUAAUUGAUUAGGAUGUAUAUUAUUAUAAAUGUAAUCAUUUCGUGUUAAUUAAGUGCGAAACAACUGCUGGAGCAUUUUAAAACCACAGUCUCAAAUAGUUGAAAAUUGUCUUCAUUUAUGACACUUCCCAAAUGCUUAUCUUAAAUCGUGAUUUUAUUUCGUUUUAAUAAAAUGAACAAGAAGACUAGAAAAACUAUGGUUAAAAUAAUGAUUACAGAUAUCCUGACUAGAGUACAUUUGAUAAAUAUUCUUUUAAGAGUAGGCUUAAUUGCUUUAACUGUAAUGUGAUGUUUUAUGCUGUGCAUGCGCUGGUACUUUGUAGCUAUCAAUAGCAAACACCUUGGGCUUAGUCAAGAUGCCUUAACAGUAAUGUAUGUAGAAAGAGAGAACUAAAUUUGUAUGAAAAUUUGUCGACACGAACUAUCAUUUUCAUACAAAUUUAGUUUUCGACUUCUUACAUACAUUACUGUUAAGGCAUAUUAGCUAAGCCCCCUUGUAUCAGCGACGGAGAUUAAGAUAACUACAUCACGAUUCUAUACCAAAAUGUCUCCAUCCGUAUUGCUCUCUGAAAUUGCACAGCACUUGCUGUUCUAUUUACCAGACGCGAACGUAAAUCUUUGAUUAACUCGUGCACUUAUACUAUAAGGCCCCGGAGACUACUCCAAAGGAAACAUCGUUUCAUCAACUUCCUUCAAAGGAAUUGCUACUUUAUUUAUUACAUUUGUUUUUAAGUGAACAAUAAAAAUAAUUAAUUUAAUUUUGGAUGCAGUUAUGAUUUCACUUAUACAAUACAGAUAAAACGUAAUAGCAAAUAAUAUUUUUUUGCUAAUUGAGGCUACUUUCAGAUUCGAUAUACGUGUAAAUAAAACCCAAGAAACAGUAAAAUAUAUUUUUUGUAAAGCCUUAAGUAA